UCUCACCUCUAAAAAUAAAAGGUGCCCCAUCGACACCAAUUGAAAGAUGGAAUAAAAUAUACACAAGUAGCGUUACGAUUCAUUCAUUAGUAAACAUAAAAAGAAGAGCAAACUAUGCAGACAGGAACUGCAGUCGGCGGAAAAAGCGACAACAUCAUCUCUGCAUCCGCAGAUUGGCACCAUUGGUGUCGACUUUGCGCGAAGAUUGAUAUACAUAGUAAAAAUAUUUUCUAUGAACAUCAACCACUAAUGACUUAUACUGUUGAAAAAAGUGAUGAUAAGAGAUGUACAAUGGCCGUCGCAAUCGGAAAAUAUUUUUGUGUGCAAAUUAAAGGCGAUGAUGAUCUGCCCAAACUAUUAUGCACAGAGUGCAUUUCAUUGGUAACAACCCUUUUAGAUUUCAAUGAACGUGUAAUUAAAGUGCAAGAAAUGUAUGCUGAGCUGCAAAGUACACAGUUCGGUAAUGAUGUAGACUUUCAGUCUAUUCGACUAAAAUACGGAAUUUUGAAGGAAGAUCCAGCUCAGAUAUAUAUGAACCAAUAUGGGGAAGAUUGUUUUACUGAGAAGUUUGACCAAGCAAGUAUAGCAGACAUACACAAUUUUGAAAUCAAAUUAAUAAAAGAAAUUCCAAGUGAUGAUAUUCAACCCGAUGAGGUUAGUCAUGCACUUGAAUAUGAAGACAGAGAAGGAGAAGAUCCUUUUGCCAGCGGAGUUAUCGUUGAGACCUCUGAAAACCAGACUCUUCGUGCAAUAAAAGAAUGUGAUGGAGAAAGUAAUGAUGGUAAAUUAUCUGAUUUCAUACCUCUGAAUGCACAGAAUAAGUUAUUAAAAACCGAAAUAAACAUAAAUGAAAAGGCAAGAUCGUCAAAGAAAGAUAAGAAAUUGAAAUUAAUUGAUACUAAUCGUAAACGAUCUAACAAAAAUAGUUUUAACAAAAAGUUAGAAAAGUGUAUUAUUGGUACCGAGGGAAAGUCAACUGACGACAAGUACUUUUGUAGCAACUGCUCAAUUCACUUCCAACGACCUGGCAAUUAUUGUAAGCAUAUGAAGAAAAUACAUGGCAUUGUAUAUGAAUUAGAUCCUUUGACAUGUCCUCAAUGUCAUAAAUCUUUCAAAACUCGAUUCAUACUAAAUCGUCACAUAAAAACGCAUCAGCCACUGUCGGAAAAGCGAAUAUUUCCAUGCCCACAAUGUGAUGGGAAAUUCCAAACAAAAGAUUAUGUAGCCAGACAUAUAAAGUUUGUUCAUGAAGAUAUUCGUCCAUUUAUUUGUGAAGAAUGUGGAGAAGGUACUCGAACCGAAACUACACUACGAGAACACAUGCUUAUACACACUGACCUGGCACCUUUUGAAUGUGAAAUAUGUAAGAAAGGUUUUAAAAAUGAGUCGCGUCUAAAAAAUCAUAUGGAGAUACACAGUUCGAGUAAGCAUAUCUGCAGAGAAUGUGGCUUGCAGUUAAAUUCACGUGUAACGUUUAAUCGUCAUAUGCUCGUACAUUCUGAUAUUAUGCGUCAUAAGUGUGAUUAUUGUGGGCGAGCAUUUAAACGAGCCAAAACGCUAAAAGGCCAUUUAAUACUCCAUAGUGGUCUAAAGCCCUAUCCAUGUGACUUCUGUGACAGAACCUUUACUAAUGGGGCCAAUUGUCGUACUCACAAAAGGAAAUCACAUCCGGAAGAAUUAGCGGCAUUAGAGGCUUCAGGAGAAAAAACUUACACGAAAAAUAUACCCAGAUUGUCUGUAUUAAAAACAGUAACGCAAUCUGCUGAGAAUCUAAUUCCUGUUGUCUCCAAACAGAGCGGUAAUUUUUCAUUAGGUAGGAAAUUGAAACUUUCGUCCGAUUAUUCUGUUGGUGCCAACAACUCCAGUUCAUUGACAACGACAAAUUCGUCUGCGGAAACAGUAUUUUCAACUUCUAAAGAGAAUAGUUUAGACGCGGGCAACUUUACGGAAAGGAGUAAUAUACAAUCGUCGUUUUGGUAAAAUAAAACAAUGUGCUCUGGAAAGUUAAUUCGUUUAAAUAAAUAUAAGAUUGUUUUCUAAAAGGCAUAGAUAAUUUGAAAAUUGGUAUGAACAAAGUAUGCGCUAGUUUCAUACCGACAACAAUAUUUUCGGGCAAAGUUCAGUGUUUUACAAUUUUGUUUAUGGCGGAGGAAUAAGAAGCGUGGCAGCUUUUAGUUUCUAUCUCAUGAACGAUUCCAUUUUUCAAUGAUCCAGCCUUCCCCUUGGCAUAGGGUGUGGUGAGAGGUUACUAGAAAUUUUUUUGGAAAUCUAGGGUUUAAAUUUCUGGCUAUGCCACACCAACAAAUAUGCUAUCAUCACACCAUGACUCUUCAUACACUGAAAUGUUGGUUUUUGUCGGAAUCGUUUCGAUAACAGAGCCACAACUGAAGUGGGAAUGAUUGCUCAUCAGACUAAUUUCAUAUAUAGAACAAUUUAUUAAAUAAGAACUAAGAAAUGU